UUUUUUUUUUUUUUCAUAUAUAUACACAUAUGACGUUACGUUUUUCUAAUUUAGUUGGUAUGCAUUGGCAUCUUUGGCGUAUUCGAAGAAGACAAAGAGAACGUUUCCAACAAACAAAUAGAGUUGAUGCAACUACAUUACAAAAAAGGGUCAUGGAUACUGAAUCAUUGGCUUUAUUUCCAGUUCAUGUCUUUGGUUUGAGUCAUCAUCGAGAAUCUAUAUCAAGUUCAAGAGUGACUAUUCAACAUGGUGAACAACUUGGAUCUGAAAAAGUACAGCAACAAGAGAAUCAUGAUUUUCCUCUAGUUGAUGAAAGUACGUGUGUUAUUUGUUUAGAUGAAUUUGCAGCAGGUGAUCAAAUACGAGAGUUACCCUGUGGUCAUGAAUAUCAUUGUGAAUGCAUAGAUCCUUGGCUUACUAUUAAAUCAGCUUCUUGUCCUCUUUGUAAAUAUGAUUGUUCAAUAUAUUGUAAACAACCCGAUAUAAUCACCUCACCAACACCUCCUCCUCCUACCUUAUUAAGAUCUACACAGAAUAGAUCCCCACACGCAUUUGGACCUACUAUAAGCGCAGAUAGAGCAGAAGAAUUUAGUCGAUCUUGGAUGGCACGUAGUUUACCACGUAAUAUGCAAAGACAAAUACGAGAUGUAGUUCAACAACAACAAGAGACUGUCAUUGAGUUACCUGCUCGAAUGACUACUCCAAUACAUCAUCAUCAUCAUCAUACCACCACUCCCUCUAAUCAAAUUAUAGAAGAAAAUAAUACUUUGAAUCAUAGAGGAACGAAUCGGCGUUUUAUAAACUUGUUUGUGCCUAAAUUUAUAUCAUCCAGAAUACCUUGAACAAUAAAUAAAAAAAAAACCAUGACUUCAUGUACUCUCCU